AUGCAGCAAUCUGAACGCGAAAGUGGAGCCAACGAAUGCCGUGAUCUCAUUCGCGCUAUUGAAUCUCAAAACGAAGAUUACAUAAAUAAUUUAACAACUAUCAAUUUCAAUAUUAAUGAAACUCAUCCAGAUUUCGGAAAUCCUCUACGUAAGGCUUUGCGAGUCGGGAAUUAUAAAAUAUUUAAAAAGUUAAUAGAACUUGGUGCUGAUAUACACCAACGAAUUUCAGCAACUGAAGCAACAACAUUAGUUGACAUCGUAAAAUUCGCAAAUUGCGAUAUUGUCAAAUAUUUGAUAGUAAACGGCGCAGAUAAUCAUACCAGGUUCGAUGUUAUUCGUCUUAAUGAUAACGAUGGAACUUUAUUGCACCUUGCCGCCAUGGACGGAAAAAAGGACAUUAUAACAUUAUUAUUAGAUAACAAUGCUAACAUUAAUAGUAAAUGUGCAACGGGAAGAACUCCUAUUACCUACGCUAUUAUAAGAGAAAACUACGAUGCCAUGGAUGCAUUAAUAAAAUAUGGGCCUGAUCUUUUUUGUCAAUUUACAUGGCGUGAUGAGACUGUAACAAAUUUUCAUGUAGCUAUUCCGGCUAAAAACUGGAAGAUGUUAUAUGAGUGGCUAUUUCAAUUUGCUGAUACGAUUGAUGUUAAUAAUAAUAAUAUUAAUUUAUUUACAUUCUUUCAAUCCCAAUUGUUACUUCAUUACGCUCUCAGUCUUUGCUUCUGCUCUUUAGAUGUUAUGCGUUAUCUGCUAAAUGUCGGUGUUGAUGUUAAUGCUCUGGAUUCUGAUAAUAAAUUACCUAUCGAGUAUAAGAUCGAAUCAACACAUCAACAAGUUUAUAUUAAAAUUAUUAAAGUACACAUCGUGAAAUUAAUAGCAGCAGGUCUUUACGUAUGCGAUCGAAAUAUUGAAGCUGUUAGUACCGGAGAAUUCGAUCAUGAUUUAGCUCUGUGUCGGUCAGAAGUUGAAAAAAUGAAAAAAAAUAAAAUAGAAGGAACUAAUAUCACAUUUUUCGAGGUUUUACAUAAAAAUAUUCAUUACUCGGCACAGUACUUAAAGUCUGUUGAUUUGGUGAGUAUACUCGAACGUGAACCUAGUGAACUUAUUUUUCCAGAGUAUCCUAUGUAUGACCGUAUGCUUUUUUUUAAAUUGCUAAGAGUUUUUAAAAGAGUUUGUUACAUAAAAGAUUCUGAAGAAAUUAUUUAUAAUAUUUUUGAUGAACUACAACUUCCUGGUACUUUUGUUAGGAAAUUAUAUAUCCACUUGUCAAAUAAUGAUUUAGAAAGAAUAAUUCAACCCUCACAUGAAAAAAAUAGAUAUAUAAUGGAAUUUUACCGUAAAAUUGGAAGGAAAAAUAACUUAACUGAGAAUGAAAACUAA